AAGCAAGAGAGUGGGGGUUAGUGGAUGUAGCUCUGUGUGGGCCGGGGGGUGAGCUACCUAACCCGGGCUGCUCUGCUGAAACAUCCAUGGGUGGCUGUGUCGGGAGCCACCACGACUCCUCCGGCAGCUUAAACGAGAACUCGGACGGAACUGGAGUGGCUCUAGGGCGUAACCAGCCCCUAAAGAGAGAGCGGCCUAAAUGGAAAAGUGACUACCCGAUGACUGAAGGCCAGCUGCGCAGCAAAAGAGAUGAGUUCUGGGAUACGGCGCCAGCGUUCGAGGGCCGGAAGGAGAUCUGGGAUGCGCUGCGGGCUGCGGCCAGUGCCUUUGAGAGUAAUGACCACCUACUGGCUCAGGCCAUCCUUGACGGGGCCAGCAUCACACUGCCACAUGGAGCUCUGACUGAAUGUUACGAUGAACUCGGGAACCGUUACCAGCUGCCGGUCUACUGCCUCUCUCCCCCCGUCAACAUGAUUGAAGAGCGCUCCGAUGAGCCCGACGGCUCAGAUCCAGACUCGGUGUCGGCGGACCCAUCCACAGGCAGCUCCGGCGACCCCGUCCCAGGUGGCGAGUGUCAGAUUCGGCUUCGGCUCUCCACGGGCCGUGACCUCCGACUGGCGGUCCGCUCCACGGACACGGUGGGCAUGAUGAAGCGUCGUUUGCAAAGCCUAGAGGGCGUGCCUGCCACAACCCAACGCUGGUUUUUCUCAGGUCGGCCGCUGACCGACAGGCUGCGCUUGGAUCAACUCAACAUUUCCAGGGAUUAUGUAGUUCAGGUUAUCCUCAGCCAGCGUCCACCACCAGAGCCUGUAACUCCACCAGGACAUACAGCAGAGGCUUGUGGGCCAGCUGCCAUGGAAGGAGUGUCUGCUGUCCCCCAGGAGCCGACGCCAGUGGAGAAUUAAAUCUGAACAUACCACAGGCCUGGCAGUUUAGAAGAAGAAGAAGAACGAGGCCCGAAACAGAAUUGAUUCUUCUCUCCUGUGCUCUUUGGUUGUUUUUGCUGAGAAGGGCUACGUCAGGGCAGAGGUCAGCAUCUGCUGGCAUUUAAAGACUAUAAUGAAGAAGAGACUCUUUAUUUUGGUUUUACACGUUAAAAUUUUGACCCUUUUUUGAAGUCUUUUUAAAUGUUCCUAUGGAAACCAGACUACAAAAAGAGAACUUUGUUAGAUGGUUUAAAGGGUUUUCCUGGCAGCUCUGAAGGCAGAAUGUUUGUGUCAGUUUCCUUUAAAGUUCUGCUCGGAGAAGGUCGGCAAGAUGAACUGUGAUUAUAAGGCCACAGGGUUAUAAACACACUUUUGAUUCAGACAGUUGACAAAAUGCAACUAUCCAACAGUAAUGAGUUAUUCAGGCUUUUUAGUAAAAACAAUAAAUAAAUCCAGAGGAUUAUUGUAUGUGAGAAAGCUAACGGCUGUGAAGGACGGUUCGUAUUGUUAGCACAGAGAUUUAGGUCCUAUAUUGUCAACACUUCGCAGUCAGGAAGCGUGGCUGCGUAAUUUACCAAGCU